AUGGCUGACGACCUCGAUUGGGGUCCCCCGUUCGGAUUCGCAGUACGCAGAAUUGGGUCCUGCCUGAAAGGCGAAUGCAGCACCGACGCAGGGGUUGAUUCUAGAACAUCGGAAAAGUACACCCGAUGCUGCCCCCGCGGCGCAACUUGUAGCGACAAAAUCACAGGGGUUUGUUGUCGGGAUACAACCUGCGAACCGGAAAUCAAUACCCGACCACACUGCGCCAAUGAGUCCUGGAGUCUCUUUCAAAACUACGGGGGCGGAUAUUUCUGUUGUGAUUGGGGAGACCUGGGGUAUAAUAGGACUAAUGGGGGGGUUGGGUGUGCACCAAGUGGGACGUCUCUGAGUAAUUCUCUCAAGCCCAUGCUCCCAAUCAAACUUGCCGAGCCUCCAGGUAGCUCCCCUGCAUCGAGCAGCUCACCGAUAUCCAGCAACUCCCCAACAUCAAGCAACUCCCCAACAUCGAGUAGCUCCCCAUCAUCAAGUAGCUCUAGUUCAAAUACUGGCGCUAUCGCAGGUGGUGUGGUUGGUGGUGUUGCUGGGUUAGCAAUCAUUGUCGCCUUGCUUUGGUAUUUCAUGCGCCGUCGCCCGCAGAAGCAAUCAUCUCAAGCGGCAACGCCCAUCACCGAAGCAUCGAUAAUGCAACGCGAGCCUCUCCAGCCCCCGGGUAUCCCAAGCGAGUUAGACGGCCAAAGUUCUGUGUCAGAGCUACCCGGCAACAAAGAGAAUACUAUCCACGAAUUGCCGGAGCCUACAAGGAACCUACAAAAACUCGAUGAAAGGCCAUAA